GGAGCCGCUGUAGCUCCAAAUCGGGCCACCUUCACCGAGGAGCCAAGCCCCACCUCCGGCCCAGCGCUGCUCCUCCCCUCCGGCUCCCUCCCCUCCGGGAGAGCUGCUGAGCCCGAGUCUGGCCCGAGUUGGCUGGAGCUGUUGCCAUGACAAGCAUUUUCUUAAGAAAGCUCUGCUGUUAAGACAGUCCAACGCUGGCGGCCGGGGGGGGGCACGAACUUCCUGGGGAACCUUCCUUCGGAGGAGACCGAGCCAGAGACAGCCGUGCGGCUCCCCUGAACCCGUUUUCUUCCAGGAACCCGAGAGGUCCUUCCCUUUGGGAGGGCCGGGGGAGGAGACCCGGCCCACUCGGGCCGUAGCUGGAAAGGCUGGAGCGCAAAGCCGGCAUCUCUGGCGUGGCUGCCCCACUGGGGAGACCGGUGGGUGGUCACCCCCAUCCUACCAGGUCCAUGGAGACCCGGCCGCAGAGUCCCGCCUGGAGAAGCCUGGAUCUUUGCUAGAAAGGCAGGAGGAAAUAAUGGAGAAAAUAGGAAUAUGACAAGAUUUGAAGAAGCAGUGGUCAAGAAUCAUUGAAGUACAAUCAUUAUACCUAAUGAAUCCCAAGAAGAAUAAAUAAAAUUCACCCCUAGACACAUCAAAAUGAAACUACAGAACACCAAGGAUAAAUUAUUUUAAGAGUAAACCCAGAAGGUAAAUUGCUUUCCAGGGAAUGACAUUUAGACUGACAACUAAUUUCUCAACCUCAACCAUUAAGAGCCAGAAGACAAUUGGAAUAAUAUCUGCAAAGCACUGAGAAGAUAACUGCUAAUGCAGGAUUCUACCAUCAAUGACAGUCUUCCAAGAAUGAGGGCAAAUAAAGGCCUUGGUGUAUAAAUUGAAAGAGACCUAGUUGCCGGUGGUAUCCAGGGAGCCCUCCUCUUCCUCCUCCUCCUCCUGCCGCCUCUCUACCACUGCAGUUGCUGGUUGUUGCUAAGGUGACCUCCAUGGUAACAUGCACAUCCUGUUUACACCUCCAUCUGGGCGAGCUGGUCUAAGCUAGGAACCUACCUACCCUGGACAACCACUUCCAUCACGGCCCGGGGACCCCAAUCCUCGUGUCGCGUGGUCCGGCUUCCACUCAGUUCCCCCGUCCUCUUCCUCCUCCCGCUGCCGAGCUCCCCACCCAAGAAAGGAUCGGGGCAGGAGGCCCCUCACGCAGGAUAGAGUCCCAUCGCUCUCCUCACUGGGUUCCCAGAGAAGCCAGAAGUAAGAAGUGAGGCAGGAAGGCGGGAGUUCCCGGUCAGUUGAAGGGAAGCCCCACGUCUUCUCUGGUCGAGGAGCCGGGUAACGGGAGGCAAGAUGACGAACCCAACAGAACAUGCUCUGCCGGCCAACUCGACGGUUGAGAGCCGUGAAGGGGACUUUGGCUGCACCGUCAUGGACCUGAGGAAGCUCAUGGAGCUGCGUUCCACUGAUGGAGUCGACCAGAUCAAUGUGCACUACGGAGGCGUCAUGAACCUCUGCAGUAGACUGAAGACCAACCCCGUGGAAGGUCUAUCUGGGAACCCUGCGGACCUGGAGAAACGUAAGCAAGUGUUUGGACAAAACUUGAUCCCCCCAAAAAAGCCCAAGACCUUCUUAGAACUAGUGUGGGAAGCCCUCCAAGAUGUCACACUCAUCAUCCUGGAGAUCGCAGCCAUCAUCUCCCUCGUCCUGUCCUUCUACCGCCCCCCAGGGGAAGAAAAUAAACAGUGUGGUCUACCCGUAAGUAGCCCAGAAGAUGAAGGAGAGGCGGAAGCUGGCUGGAUUGAGGGGGCAGCCAUCCUGUUCUCCGUGAUCAUUGUGGUGCUGGUGACUGCCUUCAAUGACUGGAGCAAGGAGAAGCAGUUCCGUGGGCUGCAGAACCGCAUUGAAAAGGAACAGAAGUUCGCCGUGAUCCGAAACGGUCAUAUCAUCCAGCUGCCUGUGGCUGAGAUCGUGGUGGGUGACAUUGCCCAAAUCAAAUACGGUGACCUGCUGCCUGCAGAUGGGAUCCUGAUCCAGGGGAAUGAUCUCAAGAUUGAUGAGAGCUCUCUGACGGGGGAAUCAGAUCAUGUCAAGAAGUCCUUGGAAAGGGACCCGAUGCUGCUCUCAGGGACCCAUGUCAUGGAAGGUUCUGGCCGGAUGGUAGUGACCGCUGUGGGUAUCAACUCCCAGACUGGAAUCAUCUUUACCCUUUUGGGAGCCAAUGAGGGAGAAGAGGAGGAGAAGAAGAAGAAAGGUAAAAAACAAGGAGUCCCUGAAAAUCGCAACAAAGCAAAGACUCAGGAUGGAGUGGCCCUGGAAAUCCAGCCACUCAACAGCCAGGAGGGGAUCGACAAUGAGGAAAAGGAGAAAAAGGCGGCCAAGCUGCCCAAAAAGGAGAAGUCGGUGCUGCAGGGCAAGCUGACACGCUUGGCCGUUCAGAUUGGGAAAGCCGGUCUCAUCAUGUCUGCCAUCACAGUUCUCAUCCUGAUCCUGUACUUUGUGAUUGACAACUUUGUGAUACACCGCAGACCGUGGCUAUCGGAGUGCACCCCCAUCUACAUCCAGUACUUUGUCAAGUUCUUCAUCAUUGGCAUCACUGUGCUAGUGGUGGCUGUGCCAGAGGGGCUGCCACUGGCUGUCACCAUCUCACUGGCCUACUCUGUGAAGAAAAUGAUGAAAGACAAUAACUUGGUGCGGCACCUGGAUGCUUGUGAGACAAUGGGCAAUGCCACAGCCAUCUGCUCUGAUAAGACCGGCACGUUGACCAUGAACCGCAUGACUGUGGUACAGGCAUAUAUUGGAGACACUCAUUACCAUCAACUCCCAAGCCCUGAUGUCCUUGUGCCCAAGGUCCUGGACCUUAUUGUCAAUGGUAUUUCUAUCAACAGUGCCUAUACCUCCAAGAUUCUGCCUCCAGAGAAGGAGGGAGGUCUCCCGCGGCAGGUGGGCAACAAGACCGAGUGUGCUCUCCUGGGCUUCGUCACUGACCUGAAGCAGGAUUACCAUGCCGUGCGCAACGAGGUGCCCGAGGAGAAGCUCUACAAGGUGUACACUUUCAACUCUGUGCGCAAGUCAAUGAGCACAGUCAUCGAGAAGCCCAGCGGGGGCUACCGCAUGUACAGCAAGGGCGCCUCUGAGAUCAUCUUGCGCAAGUGUAAUCGAAUCCUGGACAAGAGAGGGGAAGUGGUUCCAUUCAAGAAUAAGGACCGCGAUGAGAUGGUCCGCACUGUCAUCGAGCCCAUGGCCUCUCAGGGACUCCGAACUCUCUGCAUCGCUUACCGGGAUUUCAAUGAUGGCGAGCCCCCAUGGGACAAUGAGAGUGAAAUCCUCACUGAACUGACGUGUAUCGCAGUGGUGGGCAUUGAGGACCCUGUGCGCCCAGAGGUACCUGAAGCUAUUGCCAAAUGCAAACGAGCUGGCAUUACUGUCAGAAUGGUGACAGGUGACAACAUCAAUACAGCCCGGGCCAUUGCCACCAAAUGUGGCAUUGUGACACCUGGGGAUGACUUCCUGUGCUUAGAAGGCAAAGAAUUCAACCGACUUAUCCGCAACGAGAAAGGAGAGGUGGAGCAAGAGAAGCUGGACAAGAUCUGGCCUAAGCUUCGAGUCCUGGCACGAUCAUCCCCCACUGACAAGCACACACUGGUAAAAGGCAUCAUCGACAGCACUGUUGGGGAACAGCGGCAGGUGGUGGCUGUUACUGGUGAUGGCACAAACGAUGGGCCAGCCCUGAAGAAAGCCGAUGUUGGCUUUGCCAUGGGUAUUGCAGGCACAGAUGUGGCCAAAGAGGCAUCAGACAUUAUCCUAACAGAUGACAACUUCACCAGCAUUGUGAAGGCAGUGAUGUGGGGGCGAAACGUGUAUGACAGCAUCUCCAAGUUUCUGCAGUUCCAGCUCACUGUCAACGUGGUGGCCGUGAUUGUGGCCUUCACUGGAGCCUGUAUCACUCAGGAUUCCCCCCUGAAAGCUGUGCAGAUGCUAUGGGUUAACCUAAUCAUGGACACUUUUGCCUCAUUGGCCUUGGCCACAGAGCCUCCUACAGAGUCUCUGUUGAAGCGUCGCCCAUAUGGCCGAAAUAAGCCUCUGAUCUCACGUACCAUGAUGAAGAACAUCCUGGGCCACGCAGUCUAUCAGCUCACCGUCAUCUUCUUCCUCGUCUUUGCUGGUGAGAAAUUCUUUGACAUUGAUAGUGGGAGGAAGGCGCCUCUGCAUUCACCACCCAGCCAGCACUACACCAUUAUUUUCAACACCUUUGUGCUGAUGCAGCUCUUCAACGAGAUCAAUUCCCGCAAGAUCCAUGGAGAGAGGAACGUCUUCGCAGGCAUCUUCCGCAACCUCAUCUUCUGCUCCGUGGUCCUGGGCACCUUCAUCAGCCAGAUUAUCAUCGUGGAAUUUGGGGGUAAACCCUUCAGUUGUACGAAGCUCACCCUGUCUCAGUGGUUUUGGUGUCUCUUCAUUGGCAUUGGAGAACUGCUGUGGGGCCAGAUAAUCUCCACAAUACCCACCCAAUCCCUGAAGUUCCUGAAGGAGGCUGGGCAUGGCACCACCAAAGAGGAGAUCACCAAGGACGCAGAGGGGCUGGAUGAGAUUGACCAUGCGGAGAUGGAACUGCGCCGAGGCCAGAUCCUCUGGUUCCGGGGCCUGAACCGUAUCCAGACUCAGAUCAAAGUGGUGAAAGCGUUCCAUAGUUCCCUCCAUGAAAGCAUUCAGAAACCCAAGAACCAAAACUCCAUCCACAACUUCAUGACCCACCCUGAAUUCGCCAUAGAUGAGGAGGUGCCACGAACACCACUCCUGGAUGAGCAUGAGGAGGAAAAUCUUGAAGUUCCUAAGGCUGGGACUAGGGUGCUCCUGUUGGAUGGUGAGGUCACUCCGUAUGCCAACAAAAACAACAAUGCGGUGGACUGCAGCCAAGUGCAAAUCAUUGCCUCCCACUCAGACAGCCCUCUACACAGCCUGGAGACAUCCGUUUGAACUUCAUUCUCUGACUCCCAUCCCCACUCUCCCCGUGUCCUUUUUCAUCUGCCCCAUCUAUAAGGUAACGAUGGGACUUUUCACUGUCAUGUCAGCUGCUCCCAAGUAUGUGUGAACCCCCACCUGACCAUGAAGAGGCAAGAGCACAGACCUACGAGGAUUUCGACUUAAACUUGAGUUGGGGUUUGUAGCAGGACCCAGUCAAACCCCAGGCAGGUAAUGAAUGGUAGGAUCUACUCCUUGGGUGUAUCAGUUGUCAUUUUUAAAGAAAUGAUGACAGUCCUCUUGGCAUCUACCCCAACCCAGACUCUCCCCAGUAUACAUACGUAUGUCGGCAUCUCCUGACUUCUGGAUUUUACCCUAUGAGUCUGUGCCAUGUUUAAGCUAAAUAGAGGAUUCCAAGAGACGAAUGUUCCCAAAUGAAAUAUGUUGAGGUAGGAAUGGAAUGUAUAGAAUCAGCCUCUAGAGUGAUUGUUUUUUAAAUGACUUUCCCAUUUUCAAAACUUACACCUAGAGCCCUCUGGCUCUUUCUGCCCUUCUAGUCAAAUCUCCCUAAGAUUCUUUGGUCUUUUACGACCACUGUCUUCCCUACCUUCACUCUUUCUUUUUCUUUUUCUUUUUCUUUUUUCUUUCUUAAGUGGUGAUGAUUAAGAAAGUGGAAAGGACAUGGCUGAAUUGAAUCAACUUUGGCCAUUCUCCCGUCUGGCCCUAAUGGAACCCUUGGUUUAGUCCUAGAGGCAGAUAGAUUUCUUUGCUACUGGGAUCCUCUUGAAGCAAUUGAGAGCUGGUAAGAAUGUGUUUCUGUUGUUGCCAGGUUACCCUCCACUUCUGAACUGCCAUCUUGUCAGGUGUGUGUCCUUUCUAAGUGCCAGGGAGGUCAGCCUUGACUGUGAAGCUUGCAUAUGUUCGCUAUAUAGUUUUUACCAUAAGCCUGAGCUUUCUCCUAUUCCUAAAGUGGUGGCAAAAGAAUGGAUCGAGAAUGGCCCUGCCUCCCAACUGGACUUGGAUACUGAGGACCAGCAGCUGGCAGGUCUAGGACAAGACAUACCAUCAGAGCCAACUCUUAUGCGAUUCUCCCUAGGUUGACCACUACUGCUUUCAAAGCCUUCCUCCACCAAGGCUUUUCUAGGACAGGACCUGAUUGUUGGGGGAGUGAGUACUGAGAAGCCUUGGGGAAGGCCAAAGGGCCAUAACAGCAGGUUCUGAGAAACCAGACACCUUGAGCCUAGGUGCCCAAGUACCAGCUUUGAUGUACUCCUCAGCUUUCUCAUUCUGCUCUCUCAUGGCCCCUAACUCGUCCUGUCUCUAAACACACCCCAACCCUUCUUGGAUAUUCUGCUUUUGAAAAUAUGCAUCCCAUGUGGACUCCACUGACAUUUUGCUGACUUAAAGGAGCAAAAUACCCACCCUGAAAAGUUCUCCUUCCUCUCUUCCCUUCUUCCACAUGUCCCACUCAAGGUCCUCCCCCGAAUGUGGUUGACUGCUGCCCAGUCAAGCCCUGUGCCUUCUUUCCCUGAACACUGCCCAAAGCAGCCCCUUCCCACCUGCCUCUCAGGAGUUGGGGACUUCACUAGGAGAUUUUUUUUAAGUGUUCCUUGAUGGGACAAGGUGGAGCCACAUUUGCAGGAGCUCCAUGUUUAUGCCCUGCUGAUGUUGACAUAAGCUCUUCUGUGCAGGGUGAGUUAGCUCAUGUCUACCAAUUCCCGUGAAAAAAACGAAGCCUGUCUCCCUCUUUCAAGAGAGAUGGGGGUGGGGCUCCAGGCUCUUAUGAACUGCCAAAUUUCCACUUGUGAGAGUAAGGUGGCCUAAAGCUCUCUGCUCUCUGGCCUUCUCUUCUGGACCCCUCCUCCCUCACCCCUUCCACCUGAGCUGUCCGAGGUAGGAAGAGCAAAGGAACAAUACCCCCCACGUAUCCCCAUCACUACACAAUCUGCCACAUUUGACUUGGGUUUUAUAAAGGUCACGUGCUUCAGCAAUCUUUUCUCUGUCUUAAAUAGAUAAGGGGAUAAACGGCUCUACUCAUGUGGGAAUAAACAGCUCACCUGAGUGAGGUAUUAGGUGUGCACAUAGAUAUUUAUUAAGUACAUUGGAAGAUUUAGUUCUGUCGAGUCUUUUAUUACCUCAGAUCAGUUUUUAAAACAAGCCAAUAACAAACUUCGGAGGCAAGUGUACCAUUCCUGCUCCCAAAAGACUCUCAUGGUGCCUGACAGGCUACUCUUGAGGGCUUGUGUCUACUUGUUUAAAGUCAAUGGCUUCUAUGUGUCUUCUAGUUUCCAUGGUAGGAGAGAAAAUAGAAAAUAUUAUGCAAAAAUAUAUAGUUUUCUUUAGCUCAGAAAUGGAUAUUUUUGAGUCAGCCAUAUGUAUUUUGUUUAAAGGAUUUGAAAUAAAGUGCUGUUGUGUUACCCUGUGGAAGGAGCACAUAACCAGCUGUUUGACAUGACAGGCGACUUAGUAUAUUUGUGAUUGGUUUUAAAACCAAUACACCAUACUUCCUUUCACCAAACAGCCAUCUUUAUACUUAGGGGGAAAAAAUGUGUUGGGUUCUAGACUUUUUUAAUAUAAAUUUUGUUGAUAUGGAACUAAUAAGUUUGUUUAUGUGCAUAUGUUUUUUAUAUGUUUUUUUUCUAUUCAGUUUUAGUGAUCCAACUGGCAGUGAGUAAAUAUGGCAUAAGUUAAUAAAGCUUUCCCCCAAUAUGGUGCUUUAGAUCUGGAAAGGGUCUGAUGGGGAGAAGGGGAAAUAAUUCUCCUAGAUAAACCUAGGAAAACAGGCAGUGGACUGUGGAUAGGAAGGAAAGCAUCCUACAGAAAGGACACCCAGCAAGAAAUGAGUGUGCAUCCCACAUGGAGUUGGGUGCCAGGCUUUUUCAGUAACUAGUGAUCAGGAACAGGGGCCUUGGCCGAAUGUUGUUUCUUGAGUAGCUGGCAGAGUGGUACCCAAGAUGUGAAUCUCUCUUGGGCUGCAAGGAUGUGCUGAUUGGGGGUUUGCAUUUUUUAUUGUUCUUUCACCCAUUUUUAUGGGUUCUUGGCCCCAGGAGUCCUCCAUUAGUGAGUUUUUAUUCGAGGAUCUGAUUUGGGAUUUCCUCUCCCUUAGAAAGGUUGUGUGCAAUAUAGGAGAUGAGGGAGAUAGUUCUAAGUGGAAGUAACCAAGGCCAGUUCUGGCCUAGGGCAACCGUCUUGGGUAGGCCCUUACCAGAGGUGCCCUCUGCCCUCUGAAAUGACUCCCCGCAUCCCUCAAGGUAUGAGAGAAACCAUCAAGCAAUCCUUCUGACACUUGUGGGUUCCUUAGUGUCUGAAUUUCUUCUUCCACCUGAGCUUCAGAGGGGAAAGUUUGCACAGUUCUAUCUGAGCGAUUACCUCACUGCCAAAAACCAGGGCGGGGGGAGGGGGCUGUGUGUGGCAAGUUCGCACGUCCUGCAACCUCGAAAUGCCUCACCUCCUUUCUCUCCUGCUUUCGUUGCCUAACAAUCAAUUGAAGCAGCCCGUGAUACCAUCACAAAGUGCACACUUCCUCACCUUCCAUAUUUAGGGAGCACCCACUGCAGUGGUGGGAUGAGGCCUUGUAAAGCCUGCUAUUCUGAAGCCAUUCCAACCUUUCCCUCAGAAUAGACCAGACACCCUUCUUUUUAGCUCACUGCCUAGUGCUUUGCCUUCCCGGCUCUGCUGUCAGGCCUGCUGUCCCCUUUCCUCUUGAUGAGGAGAGAUGGAGGGAAGUGAACUCCCUGUGACCAAAUUGGCCUUUGGUUCACGUUUGCUCCCCAUAUGUAUAUAUGCCAUAUGUGAAUAUGCCAUAUAUAUGUGCCAACAAAUCUAUCUUAUGUUGUUCUUUUCAAAUUGGCACGCAGAUAGGAAUUUUGAGUUUCUUCCUUUUUUUUUUUUUUUUUUCAGUAACUAGUAUAACAAGCACUGGUAUUUUUGUAUAAAAAGGAAAAACAAACAAAACAAAAGAUUGACUAUUGUGGUCUGCAUGACAUAAACAAACGUGGCGAUAUCCAAGCAUUGUGGAUGCCAGUGUGUUGCCAUAACUUAUAGUUCGGCUUACUGGUGCACCCAAUCUGUAUUUGCAUUCUGAUAUUAUUUAAGCUCUCUGUACAAUGUUUUUGCAUGUAUUUAUAUGGUUCUUAGGGAAAAAAAUACGCUGUAAACUGGCAAAUCUGAAAUUCAAAUAUGUUGUCCACUGAGACGGGAAGAAGAGGAGUCUGAAAAGAUGGGAAAAAAGGGGAUAAUUUUUUUUUGAACCAAUAAAGCUUGUUGCUGAUGAGCAGAAACCAGUACUGCCGUGCACUGAGAAUAAAAACCCAUGCCCACUUGUAA